UCCAGAAUUAUGGCAAUUUAGGCAUAUAGCUGCUGGGUUGGGUAAAGAAGGGGAGAGAGAGUAGAAGGGGAGACUUUCUAGAGAGAGAGAGAGAGAGAGAGAGAGGGAGAUGGGGAGGCUGUUUGUGGUGACUCUUGAGGGCAAGAUCUACAGCUGCAAGCACUGCAAAACCCAUCUAGCUCUCUAUGAAGACAUCGUUUCCAAGUCUUUCCGCUGCAGGCACGGCAAGGCUUAUCUCUUCAAUAACGUCGCGAAUGUCACUGUUGGAGAGAAAGAAGAAAGAGCGAUGAUGACAGGAUUGCACAUUGUUGCUGACAUUUUUUGUGUUGGUUGCGGUUCGAUAGUGGGGUGGAAAUAUGUAAGAGCAGGAGGAGAUUGCGCAUGAAACUGACCAAAAGUACAAAGAAGGAAAAUCAGUCCUUGAGCGGUUUAAGAUUUCAGGCCCGGAUGGAAGCAACUAUUGGAUUGGUCAUGAAACAUAUGUUGGUGGAAGCGAUGCAGAUGAUGUUUGAUGACUUGUUCCAACUGUACAUUCUUCGUUUCCCAGUUUCCUUAUUGAACUUGUGGAUUCUUAAAUUGGUGAUUCUCUUUAUUCUGCUGCUUCACUGAGCCAAAAUAACAUGUAACAAACACUCUGUCUAUUGUUCAUACUGAUUUUAGUGGAUAUCCAAACUUCUAUUGAAAUAUCUAUCUUGUAAA